AUGGAAUAAAGUACUGGUUGCGAUGCAGUGCGACAGACUAUGAUCAAACACAAUCGCUUUAUGACGAACUCCACCGAUAUUCCAUAACACACGAUCAAUAACACACAAUCAAUACUAGCUCCGAAGCCAAAAAAACGGGGAUAUACAGCCGUAGCUGUCCGACGUUCUUUUCAAUACAACUAAAAAUGGCGUCGUGAAUGAAUGAUCAACAACCAAAAUGGCGUCGCACUGAGAAGACCUGUUCGAGAGUCAUCAACCAUUCACGCAAAAAGAUUGCUCCUGUAUUUCAUCUACAACUCCGAUUUGAUAAACACAUAAGGUAUCUAGACCAGAGAGGAAAAUGGAUAAGUCGUGUGUAAUUUUAAGCAUCGUCUUUCUUCUGUCCGUCUCCGUGUCACUCGUUAAAAGUGAUGUGUUCGGCUUGGGGACGUUGAUUGAAUGGGAAAACGAAAAAAUGCAUUCCAUAUUUGAAGUCUUCAAUCAAUACAAUGGAUAUGGUUGCUUUUGUGGACUCGGUGGAUCCGGUUUCCCCGUCGACAAGGUUGAUUGCUGUUGUCAAGUACACGAUAAAUGUUAUGAUGACUUGCAUGCAUCAAAAAAUGGUGAAGGGGCAGCUUGUAAAAAAGACGAAUCAGGGGUCAGCAAGGCAUACAAGUACACAAGGACAAGUGCCGAUGGAAAGCAUACUAUACAAUGUGGUUCCAGUUCGGAUAAGUGUGCAGAGGGGGUAUGUGAAUGCGACAAGGCACUAGCGGAAUGCUUUUCAAAGACUGACAGCUAUUACGACAAGAAUAAUAAGAAAUAUAACAGAAGAACAUGUGAUGUCAAGCCGAGUCCGACGACUGUCUGCCCGUAAGGACCAAAGGCCGGGACCAAGGCUAAGACCAAGGACUAUAAUCGUCCGAGGCCGGGGACAAGGCCGCGAGGUCAUACAAUCGUCCUUGAGUCCGGUCUCGAGACCGAAGCCGGCCCUGAAUACAACGUGAUAAAA